AUGGGAUACGAGGACGGGCGGCCGAGCCAAGAGGCUUGGGAGAAGGCUUACAGAGAGGCUUGCAGCAUGCCGGUGGCUUGCAUCAGACGCAAGAUUGAGGACGAAGGUCCCGGUCAUGUCUUUCCGCCAAAGCCAGCACAUAACCUCGUGAAAGGAGCUUUCCUGUCCGCCUCUUGCUCCGUGCAGUACGAAAAGGAACAGUUUGAUGAUGGCUAUUUCGAGAUCAGAAGACCAGUCACCACUCUCCACGAGGGCAGCGUGGAUGGAAUGGGGAAAACGACCCAGGGGACCAUCACCUCGAGGAGCCAGAAGCACCGCCUGAGCACCACUGCAUCAACUGGAGAAUUUUAUCUCUUCAGUGGCUUUGGGCGGCUGUUGGACAGCGGUUGUGAUCAAUUGAACGCGCAUAUCCUGGGCCGCUGCGGAACAGAGGGGGUGGGUUUCUCGAGGAAGAAACGCUUAAUCGAGAAGCUUGUCCUUAGUCGUCCGCAGACUCGGGCAUCCGAUGCAGGUACCUGCUUGGGCCUCAACAAUCAAUUAAGAAGGAAAACCCACGUCAUGUUACUGUGGGCUGCUCGCUGGCUUCCUGCAGGCGAGAUUCCCUCCGAUACUCAGUACACACAAAUACUGCCCCAGGCAGGUGCCGAGAUGCUAGCGAAGAAAGAGGAGAUGAUGUUGAAUGCCUGGCCAUGUGCUCUUUUUUUCGAACCCGCGACUUUGGAUAGAAUCAGCAUUCUCGGUUUUCGCGAUGUGCAGCCGGGAUUGAUAUGGCGUCUCUUGAUGCGGGAUUUCAUCGAGACUGCAUUCUUCCAGAACAUGAGGCGUUCUACACAGCGGUUCAGGGAGGGAAAAGGAUGGUCCUCUUCUCAAAUUCUCCCUCACCAAGGCUCAGCGAGUUGCGUCUUCAGUGUCCGACUGUCCAACGAUUCUCCCUGUGCCGUGAAUUCGCCCUACAUGCCCGUCUCUUCAAACUUCACAGACCGCAAUUUCCUCCAGCUCAAACCUUCAGACGCAGAGAAGCAACCCCUCGGCAGGAUAAUCCGAUGCGACGGGCAGCAGGCGCUGGAUUUCGUAGAGUUCACAGUUGCAAGUUGCAAAACCAUCAUAUCUCAUCCACCCGAGCGGCAUCCUUCAGGAAACCAAUACCGCCGCCAACCUCCGGCACUGCCGCAAAGAACCUUCGCAGCGUUCCAACGGAACCCCCUUUUGGUGAUGAGAGCCCGACGUGCCAAUUCUCAAGCCAAAUCCAGGGUCCCAGACCCCAGAGAUAAUACAUCUCUAAACUCCGUUGAUCGGCUCCCCGAGCUUCCUAUCUCGAGUCGGUUCCCGGCUCCCGGUUUACGUUACUCCUUGCUUUGCGGGUUCCCGAACCAGGACUUGCUAAAAGCACCGCCGCCCGAGGGCUCCAUGGGUCCAUUCUUGACUGGCGAGGAUAUCCUGCCAGCAGCUCCCGCUAUUCUGCCCCCAAGUGUGGCUGCGGCCGCCACACGACCGCCGGCAGCGGAGGUCAAGCCACAGCCUGGUGGCAGAAUAGCGGGAGCUGCUGGCAGGAUAUCCUCGCCCGCUGUUUAUUGCAAGAUGCCGACAACUCUCCCCCCGUCUCCCAAGACGCGUUGGUGCAGGGGCAAUCCCCCUCUCCCCUCCAGCAGCGUUCAGUUCUAUCCACAGUUUUUUGUGCCGUUCCUCGCUGUGGAUGCUCUGGAGAAGGGGUCGAGUCAUUGUCCGCGGACACCUUCCCAGUUCCCUCUGCAAGCCCAGCUGCCCAGAGUUCCAAGGAGAGCGAGACAUAUUAGCCCGAGAAUCACCAAGGCAAAGCGCCAGCCAGUGACUGAUGACACCGGUCGUCCCAUCUUCACAGUAGUCCAAACCGCCAUCCAGCUCGGCCAGUUUCGAUUGUGGAAACUUGUCAAAUCCGCCCCCAAUCCUUCCAAAAAGCCGAAGCACAGGAGCAAGGCCCAGUUCUUCACUUUUCUUCUGCGGCGUCGCCUGUUCAACGAGGUGCCUUGUAGUCGCCACGUACAGCUUUAG